AUGUACGCUACCGUAUCUCCAAGCCUCGCCCUCUUUUUUCGCUGCGAGACCCGUACACUUUUUUCGCUUUAUUUUUUAAUUAGCUUUAAAAAACUAACUUCUUUUUCGUUAAUUUUCUUUUUUGUAUCAAUACCUAGUACAUUUUUAAAUCAGCAACUUUCCGCGAAUCAUGAAAAUUAUUUAUUUUUAGCUUUAAAAGUUAUUGCAAAGCUUGAAAUCAGUCGUAACUUGUAGUUUUAGUGGCUUUUUGAGCUUUUGUGAUUAAUUUAGGCCAGGAAACUUAUUGAUUGGUCAUUGUACCUUUCAAAUUUUGAGAAUGCAAGAAAGAUCAAUGGAUAACAGCUUUUUCUAACUAAGGUUUUGAAGUUCUCCAAAUUUUCUUGUUUCAAAUCUUUUUAGCUCUGAAAAAGGAAUUAUUAGGGUCGACCAUCACUUGAAUAACAUUUUAGCACAAAAAACUGGACGAAAAUAUCUACAGUUUUCUUAUUUUUAUCCAUCAAGUGAUGCGCUCACAUUUAGCAGGCAGAUGUACGCUACCGUAUCCCCAAGCCUCGCUUCUUGCUUUCGCUGCGAGACCCACGCACUUCCUUUUCGCACUUUUUUUUCAAAUAAAUUAAGAAAGAGGGUUUCUUUUUCAUGUAUUUUCUUUUUUGUAUCGAUACCUUAUUUAUUUUAUGAGCAGCAACUUUCGGGAAAUCAUGAAAGUUGUGAACAUUUUGACCAUUCUGACAAAAAAAAAUUCAAAAAUAAUUUUGUACACAAAAAUGUUCAAUUCGUCCCUGGCUUUCGUUCAAAAAAAGUUUCAUUCGAUUUGGACGAUACACUUUUUUGGUAUUUCCCCUACCGUGACCCUAAAAAGGGGCGGAGUUUCUCAAAAUCCUACGUAAAAUUUUCAGAAUCUUGUGUAUAGUCUGUUCAGUAUGUCAAGUGCCACGACGUCAUCAAAAAACACUCUGUGUGUUGCUCGCUCUCUGAUUGGUUUAUCGCAUCAUUAGGGGCGGAGCUUGAGCGACGACUUGACAUUCAAAAUCUGAACAGACUAUAGUUGUGGUGACAACAUUGUGAGCUCAGAAAAUCAGUCUGAAGUUAUGGUAUAAUACUGUUUCGUCUCAAGUUUUAGUAAGUUUCGGAUAGACUUUAUUUUUUCCGUUCAGCAUGCCAUCAACGACGUCGGGAGUUGCUCAACGAAUUGAGAAAUUUCGAAAUCCUCGGCCAGGCGAUCCCGCAGUGCGUAGAGGACGGAGUAUUGUUUAGAAAAAGGUAAAAAAGUUCAGAAAUGCUUUUUUUGAGGUCUGUGAAGUAUUGAAACCAUGAGCUUCUCAGAACUUUUGAAAUUCCGGUGUUUAAGAUUCUCCUCGUGGUUGCGAGCUUUCUAAAAUUGACUAGGCAGUUUAAAAGUUCUGAAUUGUGGUCAGAAAAAGGUUCCUAAAUGUCUCAACUAGUAUAAAUCCCUAGUUUUUUGAGAAACAGUGCUUAAAAGUCCAAUAGAACCAUCAAAAUACGACAAAAUGAACUUUUUGAGAUUCCUCCAGAGCACAUAAGUCCAAGUUGAAACUUUCAAAAUCUCUCUGUUAGUUUUAUUUGAAGUCUCGGGGCUCAUCGGUUUGACGAAAGGGGGGAUCCAGCCGACGUAUGGUAUGACUUCACAUUUUCAAAGCUUUCCGUUGAACUUUUGAAGAAAAGGCAUCUCCUUUGUGGCCAUUCAGAAUUGGAAAAUAUUCGGAAGUUAAGGAAUUUUAGAGUGGUCCCUACAGGGGCUUGGAGGGUCCUUUCUAGGGACCACUUUACCAACCCCUAUAGGGGUCACUAAGGAUUUCAAAAGUGGUCCCUAUAAGGGUUUUAUUCAGUGGCCCCUAUGGGGGACUCUUACGCGAACAAGCUUUCCCAUUAUCAUUUUUUGAAUAUAACUCAAAGACCCCUAUAGGGACAACUUACGUUUGAAAGGGGUCAGACGCUAAACCCCUAUAGGGACCACCUUGAUUUUACCCCUAUAUGGACCACUUCCUGUUUUGCCGCCCAACCCCUAUAGGGGCAACCUUCGGGGCUCUUGAAGGUUCUACUCUAGGAGCCAUUUUACCAACCGCUAUAGGGACCACUUGAGCUUUAAGGGCUAAGGGAUCGAACCCUAAACCCCUAUAGGGACCCCCUUGAUUCUACCCCUAGAGGGACCACUUAUUAGGCCCCUAUUGGGGCUCAAUCUAAUUUUUAAAAUUUCUUAAGACAUGAAGGAAUUGAAAACCUUUAAAAUUUUCAGACAAUGCCUAGCUGGAACGGACGUCUGCUGGUGCGUCACAAAAAACGGACGACGACUUUCGCGACGCGAAUAUCGCAACGAACGCGAGUGCGAAACCGUCCGACGAAGACAGGAGAACAUGGCGCUGAAGGCGGCGGCGUUGCUCAAGGAGGAGUUCAGCGAGGAGAAGAACGGCGGCAAGGUACUUUAUUCGCCGAAGCUUGAAGAAUUCUAAUUUCUCUGCGCUCUCUUCUUUACGUUGUCUUCACGUUUCUAUGACCUCCUCUACUCUCUCUUCUUCUACGUUAUCUUUUCACAUUUCUAUGACCUCCUAUUUUCUCUCAUUUUUACGUUCUCUAUGACCUCCUCUGCUCUCUCUCAUUUUUAUCUAAUCUUUUCACGUUUCUAUGGCUUCCUAUACUCUCUCUCUUCUUUUACGUACUAUUUUCAUAUUUCUAUGACUUCCUCUACUCUCUCUCAUCUUUACGUUAUUUUUUCACGUUUCUAUGACCUCUUCGGUGAGAGAAAAGAGACGCAGCCAAGUCAGACUGCUUCAAUUCGUCAAGAAUGAUUUUUGAUCAGGACCUCGAAAAAAUUUUCUUUUGACUCUCGGGGAAAUAUUUUAGUGGUCCCUUUAGGGUUCUGACAUUUCAGUGGUCACUAUAGUAGUCGUGUUAGUGGCCACUUAAGGGACUGAAAUCUAGGGGCUUCUUUAGGAGUUCGAUUGUACUACUGGACCACUAAAAACUAUAAGUGGCUUCUAUAGAGAUGGUUUUAGUGGUCACUUUACUUUUCCUCUCCAAGUAGUCCUUGCAAAACCGCUUAAGUGGCCACUAGAGUUUUUCCAAGCUUUCAACUUCAAAAGCUGCAGUUUUUUUGAAUCCUUCUUCUCAAUUUUCUCUAUUAGAAGUCUUUGAGAUAGAUUGGACGAUAUAAAACCAAUAAAAACCCUUUUUCAGACGUGCUCCAUCAGACACCCUGGAGAAUGCCCAAAUCAUACCGCCGACCUGAAAUCGCUGCCACAUUGCCAGUGUGAUUCGGACUGUGGAGUCGGAAAGAAGUGCUGUCGGAGCACUUGCAUGACGACUUUUAGUAACACCUCUACCACCAAAGUCCAACCGGAAAGCAUGACUAACACCACGGCGACGCCUAGAACUACUAACAAAUGUACUAAUCUUACUAAUAAGGGCUUUUUUCAGUUUGGGGGCUUUUGGGACAGAAUUUCUUUGAGAAAGGCAUUACAAGACUUUGAGUGGCCACUUUAUGGUUCAUGACUGUAUAGUGGUCACUUAAGGGGUUAAAACUUAAUGGCCCUUCUGAAGGUAACUAUCAUAAAAAAGGAAAUUUAUGCCAAAGCCAAUCUAAGACGUACUGCGAAAAUUCGUAGUGGCCAUUUUAGGGUUCAUGACCGUAUAGUGGUCACUUAAGGGGUUGAAGUUUAGUGGCCUCUUCUGAAGGUAACUAUCAUAAAAAAAGGGAAAUCAUGCCAAAGCCAAUAUGAAAAGUGCUGGGAAUAUUUGUAGUGGCCACGUUAGGGUAUUGACCUUGUAGUGGUCACUUAAGUGGCUAAAAUUUAGUGGCCUCUUAAGAAAAAGAAGAGAAAAGCGAACCGAAAAAAUGAAAUAAUUUCUAUGCCAACGCCAAUAUAAGACGUACUGAGAAUAUUUGUAGGGGCCACUUAGGGUUUAUGACCUUAUAGGGGUCACUUAAGGGGUUAAUAUUUAGUGGCCUCUUCUGAAGGUAACUAUCCAAAAAAAGGAAAUUUAUGCCAAAGCCAAGAUAAGACGUACUGGGAAUAUUUUAGUGGCCACUUUAGGGUAUUGACCUUUUAGUGGUCACUUAAGGGGUUGAAAUUUAGUGCCCUCUUCGGAAGUGAAAAGCUAGCAAAAAAUUAACCAAUACAUUUUUUCAAGCGAUAUCGACGAAAGCUAAACGUCCUGAGAAAAAUUUUUGAAAAGUUACAGAAAGUUUUUCUUUAAUUUUCUGGACUCACAGACCAAAUUUCAAAGGACAACCUAGAAAUAAAUCUAUAAAGCUUUUUUUGGGCGAUUUUUGAAGCGAAAAUUUUUGAAAAUGUUAAAAAGUAUCAUGAAGCUUUUUCUUUUGUUUUUAGGGAGUUCUAGACAAAAAAAUUUUUAGUACCAUCAAAAUUUUUUUAACUGAUCUGUGUGGCAUAGAACUACUAAAAAUAUGUCACUGAUAAUUUUUUUAGAGAAUUGAAGGUUUUUAAAAAAAUUGAAACCAUGCGAUGUAUGAAACUUAUAGAUGAAUGAAGACCUUCUAAAAAAAUAAAUAUCUAGCAUUUUUUCAAACUAGAAGAGAACUAAAUUUUCUAAAUUAGAAAAUAAUUAACAGAGUUCAAAAAAGCGAUUUCCAGUGCCAACGACACUCUCACUGGUCUGCGGGGCCAACGAGCAGUAUUCGGCCUGUUAUUCGCCUUGUCAAGCUUCCUGCGAAGAUCCGACGACGAUGCCGUGUCCGUCGCCCGGAUGCUCGGCCGGUUGCAUUUGUCUGCCUGGUACGGCUUUUGGUUUUUUGGAAGCUGAAGUAUUAAAGAACCAUAAAGAAUGUGUGGGGUUGUACAGGGGUGAGAAUAAAUAUUGCACGGCCUUUAAAAUUCCGUUACUUUCAAGUGGAACGGAUCGAGACAAGAUUGUUUGAAUUUUAUAUCGGCAAAGUAUCCAAGUUAGCACAUAUAAUUCAACUUUCGCUCCGACUUUCAUUGGCCUCACUGAGCGCCUUGACUCUCUCGAAAAAAUAUUCGACCUUUGGACACAGAUCGAUCUUGUCAUCCAUUCUUGAUGAUGGAGACCAUCAGCAGGUCCCGGUUAAAAUAGAGUUUUGUCCAGGCCUUCAACUUCAAAUAUUAAUAUGCAGAAUCGUCAAGGGAUUCGAAUCUGGUGAGUAGCCGGUCUAUUCCUUAACCGUGUUGAACGAGCAGAUUGGACUCGAACGAGUCUUGCUCAGCUCGGGGCUUGCAGCUAGACCUAAAAUCUUGGUGGAAGAACCAGCGACGGUUCGCAAAGUGGAAAAUAAAAAAAAACAGAUUGAAAUACCAUUGGCAAAAAAGAUAGUUGGAAUGAUCGAAAAGUCCGUGCAAUGUUUAUGAGUUGGCUCACAAAAUUAACCAAACUAAUUUCUACCCACCAAGACCCUUUUCUUUAAGUUCAUCACAUUUUGCUCAAAGGUAUGCUCAUGGUAUCAUAGUCUGACCUCAGACCCGUUCAGAUAUGUCCCUAAAAGCCGUCAUUUUCGAGGAAUUCUCUGAAAUUUCACCAGAAUUUUCCUGGAUGUACCCGAGACAAGCCGUGAAAGUCUCAACCUUCACAACUUCUUAACUUUCGAGAAAUGAAUCUUCAAAGCUUCAGAAUAGCAUAUUUUAACGGAUUUUCUUCGAUUCUGAGCACUGAUUUCUCGAAAACUGGGAAGUUUUGUUUGCAGUUUUCAGGAACGGGGGAGGGGUAUCAAGAUGUGUUCUGACAGAUUUUCAGGAAAUUUUGGACCGUCAAUUGAAAUGAACUUCUUUGUUGGCAUUCACAGCAAUAUCCUUUCAAAGAUGCUUGUUUAGCGAUUAGAGGUGGUGGUAGCUGUAAUGUAUCAGUUUUUCCGAAAUUGCUUUUGAAAUUCUGAUAUUUGAGGCUUCAUCCGUCGAGACGGCUCGCCAAGAUCGGCCUGUGUGCCCCGAGGGCUUUGCGCAGCUUACGACACGACGAUGCGCUGUGCGGAUGACCGGCGCCAGUAUCAGACCUGCGGAUCGGCUUGUCCGAUCAGUUGCGAUACGAGGAACUCGCCGAGGUGAUCAUUAUGGAAGAGGACCAGAGCUACUGAUGGGACGGACGUCCGCAACGCGCCUCGACACGCGGAGCGGUCACUUAUUUUCAACUUUAAGGGUCGGGUGGCCCCGGGGCGACCACUCCAAAGCCCGGGCGCGGCCCUCCAGUAGCUCUGAGGAGAACAGUCCUCAUUUAGGGAUCACUUUAGGGGCUGUUUACCCUCGCGAAGUCGGAUGGACCCUCCAAGACUUCCUCUAACUGUUCAAAUUUCUUAUCAGGAUGGUUAUUUUUUUUUGAAAAUUGAGAAAAAUUUGCAAUCUUUAGGGCCUUAAGUCGAUUUUAAGGACUGUUUCCAGAUAUUUUCUCGGAAAAAAUUUUCUAUAUUUCUUCCAUAUGUACCCUUUUAGACUUUAUUCACUUUCUGCCUUUUUUCACCCUUACUUGAGCCUGUAAUAAUUCUAGAGUAAUAAAGGCUUUAUAAAGGGUGCUAAACGGGUCCUUUUAGUGGCCUUUUUUGCGCCCGGGACUUUUAAAUGUCUUAAGGUUUAGUUGAAGAACUUUUCCAAAGAAAACGUUCCAUUAUGCUACCUUUUUGCGCCAUUUUAUCGCCUUUUCUUGAACCUGCCGUAUAAAAACUGAAAGCAAAAGUUUCUUACAAGCGCCGCCAAGUGCUUUGAUACAUAUAGGUGAUUCACGGCCAGCUUGGGACGCUAAGGGGGCGUGUCCUGUCUGCGCUCUCCUCGAGCCAGGCGCUAUCUCGUGCAUUACCUUGUCAGGACUCUUUUUUCGAUGGCGCAAGCCGGCCGUGAAUCAGUUAUAGUUGAGCGUUAAAACUUUGAUUUGUCUGAUUACUCUUCGCCCUCUCUUCCUUAGGCGUAGCUCUCAAGCUUCUAUAACCCAGCCGGUGAGAGAGAAGAGACGCAGACGAGUCAGACUGUCUGUCAUCUUAAGGCGAAUAGACGAUUAUUGCAAUUUCAACUUCACUAGAAAAAAAAAGUUCAUGUUUUAAGAUGCUCGGAGAAGUGCGUGAGCGGCUGUUUCUGCCGGAUCCCAUUCGUCCUGGAAAACGGUCAAGAUCCACUCCACUCCAGGUGUAUCCUACCUUCGGAAUGCCCGAUUCCGAAAACGCCGCCACCGCCGCUCGUCGCUCGCCAGCCGGCUAGUUUCGACUGUCCCGACUUGAACCGACUUGUGUCCUUUUUAGGCGUUCGUCAGUCUCCCCGGUGGCUUCGGCCUCACGGCGACGUCCACCAGUACCCCGGCCAAAAAUCUGCCGACUCUCAUCCCGGAGACGAAAAAUCAGUGCUCGGACCCCUUGAAAAACUACCAGAGCUGCGGAUCGGCGUGUCCUGGUAAAAUAAUUGAUUGGGUUCAUUUCUACCGAAUUUUCUUGCAACCGUUCGAGAUACGUUUCCGACACGGAUUUUGAAGUUCCCGCCAAAUUAUUUUGCGAUUACCUUGAAACAUACUUCUUAAAGUUCUUAUAUCAAUCGAUCUACAAAAAUACUCCUUGGUAUUUUUCAAAGUUAGCGCCAGAAACGCACCGCGACCGCUUCGCGCGCGAAAUGAGAAUGGUUUGAAAGGUAUUAGUAUUCCUAGUGACCCCUUUAGUAGCGUCCGAACUCUUAAGUGAUCCCUAGAAUUGCUCAGAAACGUCCGGUGUUACCAAGGUCCGAGUAUAGCCUACUAUUGUUUUUCUCUGCGCCCUCCUAGUCUCUCGACGACUCUUUCAUGUUGACACGCUAUUUCCGAGUUUCUCUGACCUCCCCGGUGAGGGAACAGAGAGACGCAGACGCUCAGAGACAUCCAAGUCACCGUAAUCGGACUAUGCCAAAGAAAAAGACGAAAAGAUAAAUUCUCAAUGGGUAGAAUCCUAUCUCACUUUUCAGAAGCCCUAUCUCAAUCAAUAUAAUCAAUCGAUAUUCAUUUUAUAGUCAUUGAAACGGGAAAAAGCCAUAUUUUUCAGUGGCCUGCAACUCAAACGCCUCAUCUUCCUCGUUGGAAUGUGCACUUUCCUGCGUUUCCGGCUGCUUUUGCCGACUUCCCUACGUCAUGUUGGAUGCAAAUGUAAUUGUCUAUACGAUAAAGAAAUUGAGAUAGUAAAAAUCAAAUUUUAGGAAAGGAAAUUGGUAUCAGUAUACCUUUUCAUGCUGGAUAGAAACCCAAUAUUCGAAUUUUAUAAAAAAAAAAUUAGUGACCGCACUUUAUUUCUUGCCUUUUGUAGUUCUGUGGAAAACUCAAGUGGUCACUUGAAGGGUUCCCCAAAGACUACUUGGAUAGGACCCUUAAGUGGCCACUAGAACCACCUCUAUAGAAGCCACUAGUUUUCGUCCCUUUUCGUCAAUUUUGAUCCCAAUUCUGCCUUUUGUAGUUCAGGGAAAACUCAAGUAGCCACUUAAGAGAAUUAUCAAGGAUUGCUUGAAGAGGACACUAAAGUGGCCACUAGAACCACCUCUAUAGAAGCCACUAGUUUUCGUUUCUUAACGCAACUUCAUUUUCCCUGCCAGUGGGAAAACUUUGGACAUUUUAGUGGCCACUAGAGUGGCUAAAGUUCAGUGGCCGCUUUAGGAAUCUAAGUGCCACGAAAAACUACUAUAGUGUCCACUAAGACGUAAGAUCGUGGAUUCUAUAGAGGUGCAUUUAGUGGUCACAUUAGUGUCCUAUCCAAGUAGUCCUUAAGGAACCUCUUAAGCGGUCACUAAGGCGCAAGUUUGAGGCUUCUAAAGAGGCGGUUUUAGUGACCACUUUAGCGUCCUCUCCAAGCAGUAGUUGAGCAACCUCUUAAGCGGCCACUAGAGCUUUCCCGAGUAACAUGCCUCAAGAUCAUAAUUUGAAUCGAAAAAUCGAAUUUUAGGACCCCCAAUCUGAAUGCGUUCUGGCGCAACAAUGCCCGAGAAAAUCCUCAAAACCGACGAAUAUUUCCAUCGCUUCGAGGGAAUCCUGCAGUGAUCCCAGAAAGGAGUGGACCAGUUGUGGAGCUAGGCAGUUUAUUGAUUAAUUUGAUGAUUAAUUGAUCAAUUUAUUGAUUGAAGAUGCGCUCGAUCUUGCCAUAAUCCGCUCGGCCGAUGCCCAGAAGGCCAAUGUUCGCCCGGCUGUGUCUGCCGUGAACCUUACGUUUUACAGGUUUUUUAAAAGUCAUUUAAUUGAAACUUCUUUCGAUUGACUUGGAUUGUCGGUAGGGAAAUAUUUUUGAUAGUCUCUGAAAAAAAUCAUAUGUUUUUCUUUUUUUGAAAACCCGUGACUUUUAAGGGAUUUUUUUCAAUAGGUUAACUUCAUUUUAAUGGAAAUUUUUCAUCUUUUUCAUAAAAUUUAGCUCUUUUGGUCCACUUGGAAGUAAAGAGAGAUGAAAAUUCAAAUAUUUUUCUUCAAAAAAAUCGAUAUUUUUUUAUCGUUUUUUUCGAGCUUUAUCUUGUCACUUUUUACUGAGCCAACUCAUUUUUGUCAGGGAUUUUCUUUGGGUUUUUUUCCUUUUCAAGGGAUUGAAAAGAAACAAAGAAAAAGAGAUAUAUUUUCAUCAUUUUUGAACAUUUUUUCGAAGAAAGGUACGAUUUUAACACUCAAAAAUGGGGAAAAAAAAGUGAGAAAAAACCCGGAUUUUAUCCCUUUUUCGAAGAUUUUCAGCAAUUUUUGGAGCGAAUUUUUGAGUGCUGUGACAAUUUAUUGAAGGUUGAUUUUUUUUGGGGGCUUUAAUAGCUUCAAAUAAAUAUUUAAACACAUAAUUCGAGACAAAAAUUACUUUUCAGUAGUUGAAAAAUACAAAAAAUGUUAAUAUUUCUGAAAAAAUACCAGAAAAUGAGCAUUUUUCAAGGUUUUUUCUAGGUUUUCUGAAUAAGAAGAAAAAAAUAAUCCUCAAAUGCCUAAAUUCGUUUCAAAACUACAAAAAAUCCGCACGCUCUGCGUCAAAAACGAGCGCAAAGCGAGCUGCAAGAUGCCACCCGUCGCAAGCCGGCAAAAGUCGGGCGCACGCCAACGGCGGUGUAUAUAAGCGAGCGGCGCGUGGCCACUCUGUCAGCCAUUGCAAUCGUCCAUGUUUUUCACGUUGUCAGGAGCUUUCCUGAUGGACUAGUCUGACGUCGGACGUAGAGCAGCUGGUCCUGCCCUCCACAGUUGUACUGCCCCUUCUCUUGCAGUACGAUCACUUCCGGGGAGGCUCAUUUUUGCCGAUCUUUUGUAGAAUCCUUCAUAAAGUGGCUAUUUUCUUCAGUUUUUUACCGGUAAAUUGCUUCGUAGACGCUUAUCAACAUCAAAAAUUAACUUCUUUUUUUGAAAUAAUAUUCAUGAAAUAGCCCUUUUUUUUGGGUUUUCACCUCUGAAUUGUUUUUUUGUAGACGCUUUUCUAUCUCUCAGAAGAGGAAUUUUCGAAAAAUGUUCGAAAUCUAGUCAAAUACAGCCCUUUUGAGAAGUUUUUCACAUCCAAAAAAUGAUAUUAUUCUUGAAAAAACUCAUUUUUUUGACGAUUUUUUUGUAGAAUUCUUCAUAAUCUAAAAAAAGAAAAAUUUCGAAACUUGUUCGAAAAAAAUGAACUUCAGCCCUUCUGAGAAGUUUCUAACCUUUUUAAAAUCGAUAUUAUCUUCAAAAUAGAUCAUUUUUGCCAAUUUUUGUAGAAUUUUCAAUAAAUUGGCCGUUUCUCUCGAUUUUAAGCCCUUGGUUGAUGUUUCUCUACCGUUAAAAAAAGGAAAUUUUUUUCGUUUUUUUAGGUUAUGAAAAUACAUCCCUUCUGAGAAGUUUGCACCUUUAAAAAAAAUUUUGUUAUCAGAAAGGUUUUUUUUUGGUUGAUUCACAAUUUUCGAGUUUCUAUAUGAUUUUUCUGUCCAAAAAAACUCGAAAACCCUAAUUUUUUUGGUUUAUCUCACUUCCUUUGAAAAUAAUCUAAAAAGACGAGAUUUUUUUUGAAAGAUGAUUUUUCCUGUAGUUUUCAGAUAUUCAUAAUUUUUUUUUUGUACUUUUUACUUCAAGUAAAGGUUAAAAAAUCUUGAAAAAGUUUAGAAACGUUGAUCAAAGUUAGAUUUUCUUUGAAGCUUCUAUGACAUCUAACUUUAAGGGAGCUUUUUGUUGUAAAAAAAAAUAUCAAACUUGGAAAUUUAUAAGAAAAAUGACCCAGGACUCGAGUGAUCCAACGUCUCGAUGUGUUCUACCAACGGAAUGUGAGAGAAAAUGCGAUGAUCCGGCAAAAGUUUGAUCGAUAAUAAAAUCAAUAAAUCGAUAUUUCCCAACAGGAGUACAUUACCUGUGGAUCAUCCUGCCCGAUGGGAUGCGAUAAUUUGCACCCGAAAAAUUGUGCGCCCUGUCAAGCUGGUUGCUUUUGCAGAAAUGGUGAUUUUUCCUAACUUUUCAGCUUUGAAACAUGUAUUUUAGGCCUGGUUUUCCUCAAUUCGAGCAAUUGGCAAGCGUCCAACUGUGUCCGGCUGGAGAACUGCCCCCCUACAACCGUAGAAACCACUCAAGUGGUCACUUCGACCCUGCCGACUGUUUUCACACACACGCAGCUGGAAAUGACGAGCCAGCCGAUUGAAGGAUUAGAGAUUGCGAAAGGUGAAGAGGCCACUUGAGGGAAAAUUUUGAAGUUUUCAAAAAAGUGUUGUUGUCAAAGCCUUGCCAGAAAGUAAAAUCGACUGGGGAAAACUCUAGUGGUCACUUAAGAGGUUAGGAGAACUCUAGUGGUCACUUAAGAAGACUAAAGUGACCACUAAAAAAAAAUCACUCAAGGGCUCACUAAAAAUCUAAACCCUGAGGGGCAAACCAAAGUUUUUUCAAGAAAAUCUAAGAGGCCACUUGAGGGUAGUUUCGUUAGUGAACACUAGAGACGUUAUUGAAUUAUUGAUUUUGUGUGGAUCACUAGAUAAAAAAUUAAGAUGUCAAGAGGUCACUUGAGGGAAAAUUUUGAAGUUUUUGAAAACUUGUAGUUGUAUAAGCACUUUCAGGAAUGAAAAUUGAAAAUCUAAGGGGCCCCUUAAGGGAGAUUUUGUUUGUGAAUACUAGAGGGGUUAUUGAAUUAUUGAUUUUGUGUGGAUUACUAGAUAAAAAAUUUAGAUGUCAAGAGGUCACUUGAGGGAAAAUUUUGAAGGGCCUUCCAACUUGAAGUUUCAUUGAGCUUUGUCAAGAACGAAAAUUGAAAAUCUAAGGGGCCACUGGAGGGGAAUUUCGUUAGUGAACACUAGAGGGGUUAUUGAGUUAGUGAUUUUAUGUGGAUCACUAGAUAAAAAAUUUAAAGUCAAGAGGUCACUUGAGGGAAAAUUUUGAAGGGCCUUCCAACUUGAAGUUUCAUUGAGCUUUGUCAAGAACGAAACUUGAAAACCUAGGGAGCCACUUGAGGGGAAUUUCGUUAGUUAGCACUAGAGGGGUUAGUGGAUUAUUGAUUUUGUGUGGAUCACUAGAUAAAAAAUUUAGGUGUCAAGAGGUCACUUGAGGGAAAAUUUUGAAGGGCCUUCCAACUUGAAGUUUCAUUGAGCUUUGUCAAGAACGAAAAUUGAAAAUCUAAGGGGCCACUUUAGGGGGAUUUUGUUAGGGAACACUAGAGAGGUUAUUGAGUUGGUGAUUUUAUGUGGAUCACUAGAUAAAAAAUUUAAAGUCAAGAGGUCACUUGAGGGAAAAUUUUGAAGUGGAAUAUUAUUGCAUAAUCACUUAAGUGGUCACUCCGGACUUUAACAGGAUGAUUCAGAAAGUCUUCAAGUGGUCAUUUUAGAGUUUUAUGUCAUAUUUUUGGAAAUGAUAGUUUUUUCUGUGGAACCGUUAUCCUGAAAAAAUCAUGAAAAAAUGAAGUUUCCAUCGAUUUUUAGCACUUCAAGUGACCAUUCUAGGGUUCGUACCUUUAUCAAGAUUUUUCAGAAGGCUUUUGAGGGAUCAUCAUAUGGUUUUUCCUUUUUUUUUAAGUCAAAGUUUUGUAAUUCCAUCGAUUUUUAUGAUGAUUGAGGUCUCAUAUAGAGAUAAAGAAGAUUUUUUUUCCUCUGAAUUUUGAAGAAAAUACCCCUGGAGUGACCACUUGAACCUCUUUCAUUCCAGAAAAACGACGGCAGGACCAGUGCCCUCCGACGACUUUUGACGUGGGCGGUCGGUCGUGCUCCACGGACACGGACUGUCCGGUGGAGCAACGUUGCUGCCGACCGAUGAUCGUCGCUCUCGGCGUCAGUCCGCAGAGGUCCGGUGCUUCAUGUAGCCGAUUUUUGACAGUUUUUCUCUUCUUUUUUUCGCAAAUAAUACCGUAUCGAACCGAAUUUAACCAAAACUCGCUUCGAGACAAAUACCGUAGGGGACCAAAUUUACCUUCGCUUCGAGACCUUCUUUCAGUUUUGUAGAGCAAAAGUGCAGGAAAAAGUGUUUACGGUAGCUUUUGUCCUACAGAAGCCCGGAAUGGACUAUAAAAAAGCAACUAGAAAGAUAGUGAAGAAAGAAGGAAGUUCAGAUGCGUCUGUCCGGAUCCAAAAGCGGUUUGGUCGGCCUGCGGAAGCGUCUGUCCUGAGUAUUGCGGUCAGCCGUCGGUGAGGAAAACUUUUAUUCGUAGGAAAAUCAGAAUCCCGAGAGAAAAACUCCAAAAUUCGGCUUUUCGGACCAAAGUAAAAUCGAAGAAAGCUUCAAGUUUGCCCUCACAAGGGAAGUCAUUUCACUUUGAAGUUGUAAAUUUCUUGAAAAUUGGCCACAACGCUCCUAAACGUACCUCAUGAAGAUCCUGAAAGCAGUAACCUGCAAAACUUCCAAGUUUUAGAGAAAUGUGGGCUCACAGACCUGUUUUCUCAGACCUUGGUAACGCGAACGGGACGCGAAACGGACGUGUCGGGGCAUUUCUAGUGACCACUUUAGUAGCCUCAGAACUCUUAAGGGAUCCCUAGAAUCGCCCAGAAACGUCCGGAGCACGUCCGUUUCGCGUUACCAAUGUCCGAGUUAACGAUUUUUGAGGGUCUUCCUCGACUUUAAGGCGUCCUUACUCGAAAAAUAGCAAUUUAUGCAGUUUGAGACUUUCAGAAUCUUCUUCUAGUGCAUCAAGAAGUGUUCUGAAGAAUUUUUUUGGAUGAUAAAUUUCCGGGCAGCUUGCCAGAAGCCUUCCAGAGUUAGCAAGCUUCCAGAGUGGUCCCGGUAGGGGCAAAGCCAUCAAGAUUUCCCUGAAGGGAUCACUUUUCCUCUCCCUAUAGGGGUCACUAAAGCUCGCAAAAAUGGCCCCCGUAGGAUGCUACUCCAUUAUUUUAAUGAACUUUACAAGAAGAGCCUAUAAGGAUCACCUGAAUUUUACCCUUGAGGGGUCAUUUUUGUCCCUAAACGUCCGGCCGGCGAGUGGAAGAUUUCUUGGCAAGAUUUGCUUGACCAGAAACUUCAAAAAUUCAUGACUAAAAUAAAUUUUUCCGAGCUGCUGAGAGCAUAAGUUGGUCUUGAAAGACUCCAACAGUUUGGAAUUUCGAUCAAGGAAAAAAAGAAAAUUGUUCAAGGUGCCAGUUUGCUCCUCGACGUGCAGCGCCGGCUGUCAUUGUGCUCCCGGAUUCGUCAAAUCUCGAAACGAUCUGACCGCGCCGUGUGUCCCUCGCGAACAGUGCUCCAGAGUCUCUCGUGAAUUUUGAUUAUUUCAGUACCUUCCGAGAAAAAAUAUCAAUAUUUUUGCUCCUAUGAUAGUUGUGAUGUUACUCAUGAGAGUGGACUGAAAAAAUGGCCUUAUUUUUGAAAAAUACCUCUUUUUCUCGACUUUUCUGAUGAAGUAUGAUCAUACAGGCUUUUUUCCCUCCAGCCGGAACAUAUGACUUCAGUUUCAGCGAGCCAUGACCAACCAGAAGCCCCGGAUUCGUCUCUCAACGGCUUCCGAGCCACAAUCAAGGAGAUCCCGCCUGAGAACCCAUUUUUGGAGGAUACUGUAGCCGUGGCGGUCCUCGUCGCCCGGGAUAGUUCAGUGAUGGGCCGAUUCACCUUCGCUGAGAUCUCUUCCAAUACCAUGAAGAUCCGGGGUGAAUAUUUCAGAGUACUAAAAACGCUGGAAUUUGAUUGGGAUGUAGGGUUUUUUUGCGUAACCAGUUGCAAGAACUAGGAAGUUCCAUGAAGCUGCAAACAACCUGCAACCUAGCUGCAAAUAACCCUGUGCAGGAAGCUUGCAGUUUGCAACCAGAAGGCGGCUGAGUGGCAGCCCUGUACAGGGUCGUUUGCAGGUAGUUUGCAGGUUGUUUGCAGGUUGUUUGCAGGUUUUAGGAAGCUUGAAGUUUGCAACCAGCAGCUGGCUGAGUUACAAUUCAUGAAUCUGCAAACAACCUGCAACCUAGCUGCAAAGCACCCUGUGCACUAAGCUUGCAGUUUGCAACCAGGAGCUGGCUGAGUUGCAGUCCUGUAAGAGUUGAUUGAAGCUAGGUUGCAGGUUGUUUGCAGAUCUAUGGAACUUCGAAUUCCACAUGUGUCUUGCAACUGCAACCUACCUGCAAAUGACCCUGUGCAGGAAGCUUGAAGUUUGCAACCAGGAGCUGGCUGAGUUGAAGUCAUGUAAAGGGUCAAUUGCAGCUAGGUUGCAGGUUGUUUGCAGAUCUAUGAAACUUCGAAUUCCACAUGUGUCUUGCAACUGCAACCUACCUGCAAAUGACCCUGUGCAGGAAGCUUGCAGUUUGCAACCAGAAGCUGGCUGAGUUGCAGCCCUCCACAGGGUCAUUUGCAGCUUGGUUGCAGGUUUUGCAGAUUUAAGGAAGCUGGCUGAGUUGCACCUCUGUACAGGGUCAUUUGCAGCUAGGUUGCAGGUUGUUUGCAGAUCUAUGGAACUUCGAGUUCCGCAUGGGACUUGCAACUGUAACCUUCCUGCAAGCAACUGAUUUGCAACCUGCAAAGUAGUCACUUGCAGCAGCUGCAAAGCUCUUGCAACUGGUUACUCGAGUUGUUUUAUGACAAACAUGGGUUUUCACGAUUUUAGUCAUGUUUUAAUGUUUUGAAAAAAGUUCUCAAAAGGUUAUUUGAACGACUGGAAAAGCUUAUGUCUUCAAUAAUAUCUGACUCCAGGAGAAGUCUUCGGAUUACCGUCGGGAGGCCCUCACGCCGUGGUCCUGCACCAGUUUGGCGACACCUCCGACGGAUGCAGCCGAAUCGGACCGCCUUAUUCGAGAUCGGCCAAUCGGACGCCGUCGAUGGGCGAUGUUACAGGUACUUUUCGAGGACAUGCGAUUUUAUGGUCGCAUUGGGAAUGGCUUGAGUCUGGUGGCAUGGAAAAUUGUUGGAAAUAACGAAAAUUUUGGUUUUUCUAUGAGUAAUUGAGGUCAAUGAAAACGGAAAUUGAAAAAAUCUGCUCCUCUCAUUUUUCCGACGGACCAGAAACGAGUUUCGCUAACAGCGAUAAAUGUAUGUAAGAGCUGACACUUCGGACUUGGGACUAGUGAGUUGGGAGCUUGGACUUGGGACUAGCGAGUUGGGAGCUUGGGCUUGGGACUAGUGAGUUUGAAGCUUGGGCUCGGGACUUGGGACUAGUGAGUUGGGCGACGCGCCUUGAGCCAUUCCAAGUGCGGUCAUGGGAUUCGUAAAAUUAUAAAAAAAAAAUUUUUUUUUCAUUUUUUCCAUUAUUUCUAGGUCAAGUUCAUUCAUAGAAAAUGAAAAAAAAUUGAAUUUUUCUAGAAAAUGGCGUUUUCGAUAGAGUUGUGGAUUGGCCAGUUUCGGACGUCGUUGGUCGAUCUGUCGUCAUCUACAGGUUCAUUCCAACCUUUUUCAACGUUUUCAAAGUAAGAUGUUCAGGUUUUCGACCUCGGAAUGGACUGAAAAAGCGCAAGGCGAGAAGCCUUUAGCGUGUGGAACAAUCGGGCUCACUAAAGUGGCCACUAACUGA